AUGCGCUCGGGGGCCCGCUGCGAGUCGGGGCUGGAGCGGUUCCAGAGCCCGGGCCGGGGCCGGGGGCUGCGGGCGUCGCGCCGCUUCGCCGUGGGCGAGCUGCUCUUCUCCUGCCCGGCCUACACCUGCGUGCUGACCGUCAACGAGAGGGGCAACCACUGCGAGUGCUGCUUCGCCAGGAAAGAAGGAUUGUCCAAAUGUGGAAGAUGUAAGCAGGCGUUUUACUGCAACGUAGAAUGUCAGAAACAGGACUGGCCAAUGCACAAGCUGGAGUGCUCCGCCAUGUGUGCGUUUGGGCAGAACUGGAAUCCCUCGGAGACCGUGAGACUCACUGCGAGGAUUCUUGCCAAACAGAAAACACACCCUGAAAGGACUGACUCAGAAAAACUCCUUUCUGUAAAAGAGUUUGAAUCCCAUCUUGAUAAGCUUGACAACGAAAAGAAGGAGCUGAUUCAGAACGACAUCUCGGCUCUCCAUCACUUCUACUCAAAGCACAUGGAAUACCCGGACAACGAGGCUCUCGUGGUCCUCUUUGCCCAAGUUAACUGUAAUGGUUUCACCAUUGAAGAUGAAGAACUUUCUCACUUGGGGUCUGCAGUAUUCCCUGAUGUGGCGCUUAUGAACCACGGUUGCUGCCCCAAUGUGAUUGUCACCUACAAAGGGACAGUGGCUGAAGUGAGAGCAGUUCAGGAGAUCGAACCUGGAGAUGAGAUUUUUACCAGUUACAUUGACUUGUUGUAUCCCACAGAAGAUAGAAAUGAUCGGUUAAAAGACUCCUAUUUCUUUACCUGUGAUUGUAGAGAAUGCAUUACUAAAGAAAAGGACAAAGAUAAACUUGAAAUCCGCAAGCUGAAUGAGCCUCCAUCAGCAGAAGCUGUGCGAGAUAUGAUCAAAUAUGCCAGAAAUGUGAUUGAAGAAUUCAGGAGGGCCAAACACUACAAAUCCCCAAAUGAACUGCUGGAGGUUUGUGAGCGUAGCCUGGAGAAGAUGGGCUGUGUGUUUGAAGAGAGCAACGUGUACAUGCUGCACAUGAUGUAUCAGGCCAUGGGAGUCUGUCUCUACAUGCAAGACUGGGAAGGUGCUUUACGCUAUGGGCAGAAGAUUAUCAAACCUUACAGUAAACAUUACCCUUUGUACUCCCUCAAUGUGGCCUCCAUGUGGUUGAAGCUGGGGAGGCUGUACAUGGGCCUGGAAAACAGAGCAGCUGGUGUUAAAGCUUUGAAAAAGGCAAUUGCUAUCAUGGAGAUAGCACAUGGGAAAGAUCAUCCAUACGUUACAGAGAUCAAAAAGGAAUUAGAGGCCCACUGAGUCUUUGAAUCUAUGCAAUCCUUCAACCUUUCUUUAAAAGCCUUGCUAUGGAAACAUCAGGAGUGCUUUGAAAACUGACAUGGGAUGAAAGCUUUUCUGUAAAAUAAUUGGAAUGACAAACACGCGGCGCACUUAGGCCUUGCCUCUUGCAUUCUCCGAGAUUUGUGAAGUAACUUGAGCCUUGACAAAUUAAUUUUUAAUGCUUUUUAAAAAAAA